GGAUCCGGUACCGGAAUCGGGUUUGUACGUUUGCGAAAGUGUAACGUGGGCAAAACGAUUCAUCUUCAAAUGAUUCAAAACCUCCUGCUGCACGUCAUCCAAACAGUCUGGAGUCAAAUAAUAUCUGCAGCAUGUAACAGAGACCUGAUCCACAGCAUCCACAGCCUGUAGGCAUUGACUGCAAACCUGUGUUGCUAUGAAAGCAGUGAGCUCCAGGUCUGCUUUCUCCCUGGGGUUUCUGGUAGGCUGCUGCACUCUCUAUUUUUUCCUGAGGCAGGUGUGGUUUGAGCAGACCUUCAGACGGUGGAACGAUGCCCAACACAACGACAAGAUCACCAACAACCUCAGCUGGAACCUGAAUCACCCUCAUCACACAGGAGAGCACAGUCGUGUUGCAGAUGAGCUCUAUAAAAAGGUGCGUAUCCUGUGCUGGAUCAUGACGGGCCCAAGCAACUUGAUGUCGAAGGCACGGCAUGUUAAAGCAACCUGGACUCGUCACUGCAACACGGUGCUGUUCAUGAGCUCAGAAGAGGACCACAGUUUUCCGACCGUGGGCCUGGGAACGGAGGAGGGGCGCAAUCAGCUUUACUGGAAAACCAUCCGGGCCUUCCACUACGCCCUGAAGAACCACGCAGAUGAUGCAGACUGGUUUCUCAAGGCAGACGACGACACCUACGUGGUGGUGGACAACCUGCGCUGGAUCCUGUCGAACUACUCCUCUGAAGAGCCUGUUUACUUCGGCAAGCGAUUUAAACCCUACACCAAGCAGGGCUAUAUGAGUGGAGGGGCUGGCUACGUGCUUAGCAAAGAAGCACUCAGGAGGUUUGUGCAAGGCUUCAAUACCAAAGUGUGCACUCAUACCAGCUCAGUAGAGGACCUUGCGAUGGGUCAGUGUCUGGAGAAGAUGGGUGUGCUAGCAGGAGACUCGAGAGACACUCUGCACCGUGAGACUUUUCAUCCAUUCGUCCCUGAACAUCAUCUCACCGGCAAGUUCUCAAAAAGCUUCUGGUACUGGAUUUACUGCUACUAUCCUAUUGUUGAGGGUCCACAGUGCUGCUCUGAUCUAGCUGUGUCCUUCCAUUACGUUGACGCUGAGCUGAUGUACACGCUAGAGUACUACACCUAUCACCUGCGUCCUUACGGCUACCAGUACCGUUACAAACCUCCAGAUCCAGCUGGGCUUCAUAUAGCAAAUCAGACUGAGAAACCAGUGUUAACCAAUGUAAACGUAAUACAACAUGUAGCAGAAAAUACCAACACAUCCAGGAGCACAGGGGUGAGCCGGGACAAAUCAGAGGAAGAGGGAAACAUAGAGGAACACACUGUGGAUAGGACAGUUAUGAAAAAACAACCAGCAAACAACAACACUGCAGCCAACCCGAAGAGCCGGAGAUAACCUACAAAGACCCACAAAUAGCUGAAAUAAUGAUUUAAUGUUUUAUUAAUUCCUAAUAUGACACCAAUUUACCUUACACUCCUGGGAGAUUAAAUAUUCUUAGAAAAUUAUAAAAAUACAUACAAAUGGUCAGCAUCUGGGAGAGGGAAUACACCGACUAGGCAUAACAUUAUGACCACUGACAGGUAAAGUAAAUAACAAUUAUCUCUUCAUCGCGGCACCUGUUAGUGGGGGGGAUAUAUUAGGCAGCAGGUGAACACUUUAUCCUCAAAGUUGAUGUUAGAAGCAGGAAAAAUGGGCGAGUGUGAGGAUUUGAGUGAGUUUGACCAGGGCCAAAUUGUGA